GCGCUGCUUGUUGUUUGUGUCUCCAACAAGAUGGCGGUGGCCCCCGAGAGCAGAGUGCUGUCCUACACUGUUUAUAAAUGGAGUUCGUACUCCUCGACGUACCUACCCGAGAACAUUUUGGUGGAUAAGCCCAAUGACCAGUCUUCCAGGUGGUCAUCAGAAAGCAACUAUCCUCCACAGUACUUGAUCUUAAAACUGGAGAGACCGGCUAUUGUACUAAACAUCACCUAUGGAAAAUAUGAGAAAACGCACGUGUGCAACCUGAAGAAGUUCAAAGUGUUUGGAGGCAUGAACGAGGAAAACAUGACCGAACUCUUGUCCAGUGGCCUUAAGAAUGACUUCAACAAGGAGACAUUCACGCUGAAGCACAAGAUCGACGAGCAGAUGUUCCCUUGCAGAUACAUUAAAAUAGUGCCUCUGAUGUCAUGGGGCCCCAGUUUCAACUUCAGUAUCUGGUACAUUGAGCUGCAUGGGAUAGAAGAUCCAGAUGUAGUCCAGCCCUGCCUUAACUGGUACAGUAAGUACCGUGAGCAGGAGGCCAUCCGUCUGUGUCUAAAGCAUUUCCGACAGCACAACUACACCGAGGCCUUCGAGUCCCUGCAGAAGAAGACACGCAUAGCCCUGGAGCACCCCAUGCUCACACACCUCCAUGAGCGCCUGGUCCUUCGUGGAGACUUUGAUGCCUGUGAGGAGCUCAUCGAUAAAGCUGUGAGAGAUGGCUUGUUUAAUCAGUACAUCAGCCAACAGGAGUACAAGCCGCGCUGGAGCCAGAUCAUCCCCAAAUGCACCAAAGGUGACGGGGAUGACAGUAGGCCCGGGAUGAGAGGCGGUCACCAGAUGGUGAUCGAUGUGCAGACGGAGACGGUAUAUCUGUUUGGCGGGUGGGAUGGCACGCAGGACUUGGCAGAUUUCUGGGCGUACAGUGUGCAGGAGAAUCAGUGGGCCUGUAUCUCCAGAGAUACAGAGAAAGAGAAUGGUCCCAGUGCACGGUCCUGCCAUAAGAUGUGCAUUGACUCUCAGAGGAGGCAGAUUUACACGCUGGGUCGCUAUCUGGAUUCAUCUGUCCGAAACAGCAAGUCCCUGAAGAGUGACUUUUACCGGUACGACAUUGAUGCUAACAAGUGGACGUUGCUCAGCGAGGACACCUCUGCAGACGGAGGCCCUAAACUUGUGUUUGACCACCAGAUGUGCAUGGACUCAGAGAAGCACAUGAUCUACACCUUCGGAGGUCGCAUCCUGACGUGUAACGGCAGCGUUGACGACGGGCGCACGUCAGAACCGCAGUUCAGUGGCCUAUAUGCAUAUCAAUGCCAAGCAGGUACCUGGAGCCUUCUGAGGGACGACUCAUGCAACGCCGGCCCCGAGGACGUCCAGUCUCGCAUCGGCCACUGCAUGCUCUUUCACACGAGGAAUCGCUGCUUGUAUGUCUUUGGAGGCCAGCGGUCCAAGACGUACCUGAACGAUUUCUUUAGUUACGAUGUAGACGCUGACCACGUAGAGAUCAUCUCAGACGGCACCAAGAAAGACUCCGGCAUGGUACCAAUGACUGGCUUCACCCAGCGUGCCACCAUCGACCCAGAGCUGAACGAGAUUCACGUCCUGUCAGGCCUUAGCAAAGACAAAGACAAGCGAGAGGAGAACGUCCGCAACUCCUUCUGGAUCUAUGACAUCGCCCGCAACAACUGGUCAUGCGUAUAUAAGAACGACCAGGCCGUAAAGGAGAACCCCAGCAAAACACUACAGGAGGAGGAGCCGUGCCCUCGGUUUGCUCAUCAGCUCGUCUACGAUGAGCUACACAAGGUGCAUUACCUGUUCGGGGGAAAUCCAGGCAAGUCGAGCUCCCCUAAGAUGCGACUGGACGACUUUUGGUCUCUGAAACUUUGCCGCCCGUCGAAAGAGUACCUUCUGAGACACUGCAAAUAUCUCAUCCGCAAAUACAGGUUUGAGGAAAAGGCUCAGACUGAACCACUGAGUGCCCUGCAGUACUUGCAGAAUGACCUCUCUCUGACUGUGGACCACUCUGACCCUGAUGAGACUAAAGAGUUUCAGCUCCUGCCCUCAGCACUCUUCAAGACUAGCUCAGACUUCAUCCCACUAGGCUUUUCAGAUGUCGAUCAGACGUACGCCCAGCGAACACAGCUUUUUGACACACUGGUAAACUUCUUCCCAGACAACAUGACCCCACCCAAGGGUAACCUCGUCGACCUUAUUACCCUGUAGCCACGCCCACUGCAAUCUAUUCCGUCACUGCUCAUGCCUCGAAGACUUGUCCAACUGCAAACAGAAGUUAUUUUUCUACAUGCACUUCAGAAUCACCAUGCUGACCAAAUAUGAUUUCUUUACAUGCAGGAAAAUAUUUAGAACUACCCUUGAUGGUAAUUUAACCAAAAUAACAAUACUGGAAUAUACCUGCGUACUGUAAUAUUCUUUAAUUUAUUCACCUAACUUUGAAGUUACUCUGAAUUGAAGUCCCUGAAGUGUCUGCAGCACGUGUGCACAUUUAUCUUUCCUCUUAGAAGGUGUCUGAAGAAGGUCAAAUCCACAAAUCCAAAACUCACUUUGUUUUUCCUCUUUUAUUUCAGGCAGUUUCAGAUCUACAGUAGCUCAGCUUUCAUCUUUAUUCACGUUAAUCAAGAUUUAACGCUCAGUAUAGUAAAGAGUGCCGUAGAGACGAUGGGCAUGGCUGUAAUAUCGGUCUUUAUGUCUCGCAGACCGGUGCUGAAAGCAGUAAGUUUAUUUAAUGUGGGCUUUGAUUUGAACCAUUUACCUGCGCUUUGCAACAUUUUUGCCAAAUAAAGAGGCGUGUGAUUGCAUGGCAAGUUUGCACUCUUAAUUUCUACGCUUACAAGAUGGAAAAUGUGUAAAUGUGUCCUUGUUUGCUGUUCAUUUCUCUGGAAAAUAGGUUUUAAGAAAUGGCCUCAUUCUGAACCUGCUGCUUUUAUAGUAAUAGGGCAAUUACUAUACAGGAAAAAAAAAAAAAAAAAGAGUAUUCUGCUGUCACACAGUUUUAGUGACAAUUUAAUCGGAUGUGCUCCAAAUGAAAUUCUCUCCUCACUGGUACGAAAAGGCUUAUUUCCUUUCCCCGUUUGUGCCAGAGCAAUAUCGUGCAUCUUUAUCUCCGUCUAAAAGCAAGCCAAAAUUUAUUUCUCAAGAACAAUGCAGUAAAAAUCCAGAAAAUUAUAGGAUCAGUGCUCACAAAUUCCCACAGUGUGAAAUAGUCCACUGACCCAGAAAGGGUCAAUGCCCUGUGAUGGUCCAUCGCUAGUUGUGUGUUCAUGUGUGUGUCUAUAUAUAUAGAUAUAGAUAUAUAGAUAUGUGUGUGUGUGUGUGUGUGUGUGUGUGUUGAGGCUAGCUCUCAUCCACCGAGUCUCGGGGAAUAAAGGUACUUGAUACUGCAAUGCCGUAUGUCUUAUGAUUUUAGGAAUCCUGUUGCGGCACUACUGAACACGUAAGAAUGUUACUUGGAGGUCGUCUUCCAUAAGAUGUAGUGUGUAAAUAUAGCCAUGUAUACAUGUAUGUGUGUGUGUGUGUAUAUAAGAUUUCCUAUUUAAAGUAUUACUAAUGGCCUGAUUUUGAAGGUUUGCCCCCUGAAGGCAUAAUAUAUUUGGACAUCAUGUUGGCUUUAUUUGUGUUAAGUUAGGAAGGAUGUUGGCGGUAUAUUAAUAAAAGGUGGCUGGUCAAUCAGAUCAACAGAGGAACACAUCCUUUACAUAAUAUGAACAGAAUACAAGUGAGGGUUCUUGCCUUAACCUUUAUGACACAGCUUCAAAAUCCAGCACUCAAGACCAUUGUCUGUAGAACGUUUAACACAUAUUUACAGUCAGUCAGUUUAAUUUCCACUGUCAAACCGAGUUUGUAGUGUCCGGGUUACAUUCAUUUUCCCCAUUCAUAGCCUCCAUUUUCCCAAUUAAAUCCUAGAAUGUGUUUCUCCUAGGCUUGAGUACAAUUAGCGCUGCUGCACGAGUCAUUUAAUAAUUUUGGGUUUUGUGCCAGGAAGAAGUUAAAACAUGUGGAUUGUUAAAACUGUAAAAGAGGAAAAACACAAUUGGAGUACCUUUUUAUAAAACCUAUCAGUUUGGACUCUUUUUAUAUCCCUCUUUUUUUAAAUUCUUCCCUCUUGAAAACAUCUCACUUCUUCCUCCUUUCUCACCUUCUGAGUGAGGAUAUUGGAACAUGUGAACACUACACUGUGGCAGACAUGAAUGUGUAGAAAAUACUUUAAACAAAAGCAUUGUAUGUAAUGUACAUAAUGAAUAAAGAUUGUAUUUUGUUCA